UUCGGUCUUGGCUCUAUGGGUAUCGGGAUGUCAGAAAACCUGCAAACCUGUCUGGGACGUCAGAGUCUGCCUCCACUUCGCUUCUCAAACAGAUCUCUCGACAAAGGAAAAUCGCUGGAAGCAUUAGGCGCUGAAUCGGUCGCGGACUUCCCUAGUUUGGUCCAACAGUCCGACAUCAUCUUUACAAUGAUCUCGAAUGACGAGGUGCUGCACUCUCUGGUUGAUGAAGCACUUGCUGUUGGCGAUUUGGAACACAAAAUAUUCGUGGAUACUUCCACAGUCCAUCCCGAGACGUCGAAAAAGGUGGCGGCGAAGCUUGCCGAGAAGAAGGCCAUCUUCGUUGCAUCUCCAGUCUUCGGCGCCAGCCAGAUGGCCGCUUCUGGACAACUCAUAUUUGCAAUGGCGGGGCCUUCACAAGCCAUCGAGAAGAUUCGACCUUAUGUCAUUGGCGUAAUGGCAAAGCAGAUUAUUGACUGUGGCGAAGAUGUCUCGAGAUCAAGUUUGCUGAAGAUCACGGGUAAUAUCAUGGUGAUCGGCUUGCAAGAGCUGAUUUCAGAAGUGCAAGUGUUUGCAGAAAAGACUGGAUUGGGUACCGAAACGGCAGAAGAGUUUAUCGGUAGCAUGUUCGGACCUGUAUUAUCAAGCUACUCGAAAAGGCUUACCUCUGGCUCGUAUGCACCGCCUCAUGACAAGUCCCCGGGGUUUGCAGUAUCGCUGUCCAUCAAAGAUAGCAAGCAUGCUCUUUCGAUAGCAAGUGAGGCUGGAAUGCGCGUACCAGCGAUUGAACUCGCUCUCAGCCAUAUGCUAAACGCCCGAAACUACGCUGGAGAGAAUCUCGAUAGCAGUUCCGUUUACGGAACUCUCAGAGUCGAGGGAGGGCUUCCCUUUUGGUCGGCAAACAGCCGUCAG